AUGUCUAGCGACUCAACAAUCAAGCAGCGCGAUGUCGAUUUCGAUACCAAAGAACAAAUUACGGACGAUUACUCGUACGAUAUAGCGUUAGCGAAUCAUCCUGGAGCACCCAACAGCAACACAGCAGCACAGGACGAUAGCAACAGCAGCAGUAUCGUAGUAACCGAAAACGACCAAGAAAAAGAGGCCCCUCCACGGAAAUUCCUUUGGGUCGUUCCUUUGAAAGACCAUGUCCACCCUGUUCGAUUCUUUUUCUUUCUGUUCUCAGUCUUUGCGUCCCUUGCCGUCAUUGUGUUCUUUGCAAACGCACAGUCCUGGACUUUGACCUCCCUCCUGCAGAUUAGCGAAAACACAGGUGAUGCCACCGGUUCCUUAUCAACGUACUCUGAAGUAACAUCCGUUAUCGGUGUCGUUUGCUGGGGUAUCAUAUCCGACAAUAUCCAAAAGCGAACAGUCAUGGCGUUCGGUUUGGUGAUCAUGGGCAUCAUUUGCAUCGCGUAUCCGCAUGCUCCAGAUCUGUACCCAACCUUGCUUAUUCUCCGUCUAAUCUAUUCUGUUGGUACCGCCGCCACAACUUGUAUGAUGGCAGCAUUCAUGCUUGAAGUUGUCCAUGGUGAACGAAGUGGUCUCGUCUCUGGAUUGAUUGGCACGUGUUCUGGUCUUGGUGCCAUCUUUGCCGCCUUUGUCCUAUUCACCGUUCCUACAGAAAUGAGCCAUCUUGGCUCUUCACCGACUGAUCCGAUGCUCAUUGUGUAUGGCUAUGCAGCUAUUGGUGCCACCACGGUCGCCUUGGGAUUCCUCUUGUGGUUCUUGAUGCCCAAAAACCCGCCUCCGCAAAAAAGACUUACCAAGAACCGUAAGGAACGGGUUUGGAAAAACCUUUAUUAUGGCAUCAUUGCGGCCAAGGACCCUCAUAUUGCGCUCGGCUAUGUUUCAAGUUUCUUUGCUCGUGCGGACGAGGUCAUCAUUACGCACUUCAUCGCAAUGUGGAUCCAGCAGUACUAUAUUGACAAUGGCCGGUGUUUUGUUGGUGCCUUUUGUCCAUACGCAUCGUCAUCCACACGUACCAUGACUGGCAUUGCUCAGUCAGUUGCUUUGGUUAUUGCCCCGUUCUUUGGAAUUGCAAGCGAAUAUAACAGAGAGCUCUCCUUAGCUGCAGCAGGCAUCAUUGGUAUUGCUGGCUGCAUUCCAUUCUCUUUCUCUAUCGACCCAACCGACCGAACGACUUUGGGUUUUGUUGUUCUGCUCGCCAUGGGUCAAUACGGCGCGAUCGUCGCGGGUAUGGCCAUGAUAGCUCGUACGAAGGUUCCUGAAGAAUUUCGAGGUGGCGUUGCUGGCAUGUACUCAUUGUGUGGAGUCAUUGGCAUCAUUAUCAUUUCCAAGGUUGGAGGUGUGCUCUUUGACAAGUGGAUGAGAGGUGCUCCGUUCCUGUUACUCGGUAUUGGCCACGGACUGAUCGCUGUUCUUUCGCUGUCUUGUACGCGCACAGGCUCAGCACCACCAUACACUUCAAGUAGUAUACCUCUCCCCGUUGAGACUAUGCUAGCUGUUGAAGAAUCUUGGAAAGAAGAGGCAGAUUACUAG